GAUCAAAUGGCCACCCCAACGUGGGCAAAUGGAAGCGUCGUAGCGGUGACGCACGUCACGACGGGCACUUCCUUCCGUGCGCUUGUAGAGAAGGACAAAGCGGGGCCGAUUGUCACGUUCUGUAACCUAGACGCACCCUAUGAGAAGCUCAAGGUGUCCCAGAACGAUGGCGAGACGUCGUGGGGUGCUGGUGGUGGAAAGUUUGCCGCUUUCGUCGCCACGCCACUCGACACUGCCGGUACAACGGACCACGUGUUCACACUUCAGUUGUGUGCCAACCAGAAGAAAACCAACGCAAGCGACGGCAGUGAAGGAUGGUACCUCGGAGUCGUGCCCAGUGCGUCUACAUGUCGAGGCAUCCACCUCACGCCCGGUUAUGUCCUGAUCGGGAACGCCGCAGCGCAUUCGUUCGCCGUGGCAGAAAUCACUUCCCGUGCCCACAUGCAGCUAUCUGCGGCAACGGCAUGCAGCCUGCCACCUCUCACUCCAGGUCAAAUCGAUUCGUUUUGCCGAGACGGCUACGUGAUCUUGCCACGGGCUGUGCCCGUCCCUCUUGUCCAUGACGCCCUUCGCCGCAUCAACCACGAACUGGGGAAGCCAGGCAUGAUGAUUCAAGGCGGCGUGGAAGGCACAGCGAAACUCGCUGGCAAUACUUCCAACCACCCAGCCAUCCUCGAUUUGUACAACCCCCUACACGCCGCCGUCGAGAGUUUGAUCGGGCGCGGAUGUGUGGACCGGCCACAAGGGGCCCAGCUCGCCCUUCGCUUUCCCGAAGUCUGCGCUCCAUACCAGGUGCUGGGCACCGAGUGGCACACAGACGGCAUGCGGCAAGGCAAGUGGAAUCCGUUCACACUGUUGGUCGGCGUUACGCUGUCCGACUCGGCCAGCUCCACCGAGUGCGGCAACCUUCUUGUCUUUCCUCGCACCCACCACACCCUGCACAAGAUGCUGCAGUCCCCUUCAGACAAAGCGGACCUCCUGCGCGCAUGCACGGCCGCAGACAAAGCAUGGGGUCAAGGCCAAGGCCUCCCAGACCUGGGCCCUCCUCUGGCGUUGCGGUUGUCGCCUGGCGACGCUGUCCUUGCUCAUCCCAAAACGGCCCAUCGUGGCGGGCCCAACUUUUCUCCUCACAUUCGGUACCAAGUGUAUUUCCGCAUCAAGCACAAGGACCACGCCGCGCUGCAAACGCAGCUCGAAACGAACUUGUACGCCGAUUUGGAAGGAUGCUGGCCUGGCCUUGAUUAGUCCACAUGAUGCCAUCGUGGUAGCUGCUAGUUCACGGGGCAGUGUCCUCGAAAGGAUGGAGGGUGCACAGAGGUGGAUUUUCCAUGUGGUCGUUGACGACGGAAUGCAUCAAGAGCUGGCCCUCGCUCGACCACAAUCGCUGUCAACACAGUCGUGCCAUCUCGGCCAUCCAAAGCUAGCUAGAAUCGGAACACACGGGGCUGGACGGACUCUAAAUGUUUUGAGCACGGGAGUAGGUGCCAACCAAUACAUUGCAGGCCACCCGAGGCUUGCGAACCGGUAUCGG